CUGAUCGCUGGCACAUGCAGUGUAUCAGUCGGCGCCGGCCUUCUCAGCAUGCUCAAAGUCAGCGCAACGACCAGCCAAUGGAUCGGCUACCAGAUCGUGUAUGGCCUCGGCUUGGGCUGUUGCCUCCAGGCGCCCCGCUUCGCUGCGCAGACGGUACUCCCUCGCAAAGAAGUGGCCAUCGGCGCUUUCCUCACGCUUUUCGGUCAGAUGGUCUUCCGUACCAUAUUUGUCUCGGUUGACCAGAACGUUCUCCACCAAGGUCUGGCUACCCGUUUUGCCCGCAUCUCUGGCAUCAGCAUCAGUCCCGAGAACAUUGGGAGCGCUGGUACCACUGGUCUCUUCAAGACCAUUCCGUCUCAGUUCCACGCUGCUGUGCUGAGUGCUUACAAUUCCUCACUGCGGCUAUGCUUUUUGGUUGCUCCCGUCUUUGCUUGUCUUUCUGUCAUUGGCAACUUGGGCAUUGAAUGGCGCAAUGGCAAGGAGGAGGCCGAAGGAGUAUCCAAGAAUCCUGCUAGUGAAAACGCUGCCGGAGAUGGUAAGAACUUGAGAGCACUGAGUGAUGAGGAAGGAGGCAGAUAGAUGAGCACUGAGCAGUAACUCAGAGGGGUUUCUCCUUUGCACAUAUCCCAUGCUACAUGGAAUGGAUUGACUACCCAUUGU